AGAGACUCACGGUCAUGACUCAUGUAAAUUCGUCUCCCACAAUACUAGCUAUCUCGUACAUAAAUAUAAAGAUGUUUAUAGCAUAUUAUAAAUCAUAGAAUUCAUUCUAUACACACACAGAAAGAAGAACCACCAAGAAAGAAGCAUAGGGGAAAAUACAUCGAUAGAGAUAAAUUGAAGGGUGCUACGUCCUUCUAUUGUAUUAAUGAUUGAAAUUCGUGUGGGAAUUGUCUUGUUGGUGUGGUAGAGAUAAUAAGAGAGGAUCAUAGUAGUGCUAGAAAUUGAAGUGUGUAAUAGAAUAGUGAUAGAGAGAGAGAGAUAUGGGGAGAGGAAGGGUGCAGUUGAAGAGGAUCGAGAACAAGAUCAAUAGGCAAGUGACGUUCUCAAAGAGAAGGUCUGGUUUGCUCAAGAAAGCACAUGAGAUCUCUGUGCUUUGUGAUGCUGAAGUGGCCCUCAUAGUCUUCUCCACCAAAGGCAAACUCUUUGAGUACUCCAGCGAUCCCUGUAUGGAAAAAAUUCUUGAACGGUAUGAGAGGUAUUCAUAUGCAGAGAGGCAGCUUGUUGCAAGUGAUCAACCACUAACUGAAAAUUGGACUCUGGAACAUGCAAAGCUGAAAGCAAGGUUGGAAGUCCUACAGAAAAAUCAAAGGGUUUGCCUGUUAUUUUGCAGGAAUUUUAUGGGACAAGAUUUGGAGGGCCUAAGUAUCAAAGAGCUUCAGAAUUUGGAGCAUCAGCUUGAAAGUGCUCUCAAACACAUUAGAUCACGGAAGAACCAACUGAUGUAUGAAUCUAUUUCAGAGCUUCAUAAAAAGGAUAAGGCCCUACAAGAACAAAACAACACUCUCGCUAAGAAGAUAAAGGAGAAAGAGAAGGCACUAGCCCAACAGGCACAACUGGAGCGACUUGGUGAUGAAGUGGAUCUGACUUCCUCUGCCCUUGUUCCCCAACCACUGGUGACAUCAAACAUUAGUAACUUGAAAAUUACCAAGCAUAGGAGAUUAAAGUACCAAUCCCUAAUUGAGAACCUCCUCACAAAUCAGAGGUGAAGGAGAUAACGAAGGAACCCCAACUCCAACCCAAGCUAAUGCCAUUCUUCCACCUUGGAUGCUUCGUCCUACAAAUGAAUAGAAUACUAUUUAAUUAAUGACAUAAAGUUUUAAUCAAAUUAAAUAUGAAUAUGGCCAAUACAAAGCUCACCCUACAAGAUGUAAAAUGGUCUAGUGUGUUGAUUUGGGAAUGGCACCCGGUGACUUGAUCAGUUGGAAUAUCAACGAUAUGUAAUAUGUCUGUGACUACCACAUUUCAAGGAUGCUUAGUAAAUUAUAUGGUAUGGCCUGUCUAUACAGGCCUACAAUACAUAUAUAGUGUCAAUUAUGUAUGUUUGGUUCUUAUCAAAAGUUUAAGUUGUGCUAGAAACUACGAUAUUGGGCGAUGUUAGAUCCCUCAAAAUCUAUGAUUUUUUACAACAGAAAUAUUAAAUUUUGUAUGAACUAAUGGUUUUAUCUAAGUGUUACAAGAAUACAUUGUCUGUUCCUUGAGUGGUAAUAUCUUAAGCUUAUAUCAUAUAUUCUCUAAGUGCCCACAAAAUGGAACUUGUUUUUAUUAAAGUUAACAUAUAGCAUCCAAUAUGUUGUGAAGAAACAAGCAUCUAAACUUAUUGUGAAAACUAGUACCAAAGUAUUGAGAAGUUUUAUGUGUCCAAAAAAAUAUAACUAACUUACAAAAAUGUUUUAUACUAUGUUAGUUAAUGUCCACAUGAUUGCCCAGUACACAUGAAAGCAUCUUGAGGAUGAUUCUUGUUCUAGAAAAUCCUAUAAUUUAAAUUUUCCUCUUGAUGAUUGAUUUCAAAAUUCACUAAUAUUGGAUUUCAAGUUUGUGUGCUUUUAUAGACAGAAAAGAAGAAUAUUCUUGCGGAGCAAAGGAUGCGCUACAGCGAAAAACAGUUAUACGAUUUGUCCCUUCUCUAUCUCCUCCCUACGCUGCCACGUAGCAAGCUCGACAGCUCAGAGACAACAAUUUUAUCAAGGAAGGCUCUAAUCCCGUAAUGGAUACCUUCUUUGAAGUCUAUAAAAAGAAGUCUCAAGGCUCAACAUGAAAUACACAAGAUUGCUAUCAAUUUUCUGAAGUGUUGAAAUUCUGUCAAAUCAUUGGACAAUCAUACACUUGUGCUUAAAGAAUUAUUAUUUGCUUUGCAUAGCUAUUUGUUUGUAUUAGAUCUUUAUUGUAUAUUCUCUCUUUAAGAAUUUUGAGUCUUGUAUUCAUUUUAAAUUGUUGUUUGAAAAGUUAGGAGUGACUUAGUGAUAGAAGAAUACUUAGGUGUUUCUUAAUCUCAAGGGAGAAUAAGGGUGUGCUAGGAGUGACCUAGAAAACACUUAUUGUCAAAAGUAGGAGAGUAUAAUAUUUGUUUAAUUUGUAAUAAAUUUUGUGAUUAGUGGAACCUUCAAAGAUUUAAAGGAGAACUAAAUGUAGAUCACGAGUUUGAGUGAA